AUGAUCGAUACGAGGCUAUCCUUCCGCGAGCACCUAAUGUUUGCUAGCACAAAGGCCACCACAGCGGUGAGAGCAGUCGGCAGAUUAAUGCUGAACCACAGGGGUCCGAAGCAGGCGAGCAGGCUGCUGCUGUCCAGCGUAGCUAGAGCCAGCAUGCUCUAUGCGGCACCAGUCGCCUUUAGGACGGUGUCCGACCAGGCUGCGUUGGUCCGAGCUGGGACUCCACCGCUUGACCUGCUGGCAACGGAGAGGGCCAGUAUCUACGGCCAGUCAAACGGCAGGACGCUGACGCAUCGUGAGAAACAGGUGUUUCGCUCCGCGGCGAAAGACGCCACAUCUGCAGCGUGGCAAAUGCGAUGGGAGUCAACGUCCAAGGGAAGAUGGACGUGUCGCCUGAUUCCCCACCUGGGCUGCUGGCUGAAGAGGAAGCACGGCCAGGUAAAUUUCCACCUGACCCAGAUCCUCAGCGGCCACGGCUGCUUCCGGAACUACUUGCGGAGAUUCGGCCAUGAGGAAGCUGAUAACUGCACGCACUGUCAAGGACAGUUGGAGGAGACGGCAGAACCUUCAGUUUUUAGCUGUGUGAGAUUUGCCGGUGAACGAGAUACGCUGGAGGCCAGGCUGAGAAGCACCAUCUCAGUGGAAACGUUGGUUCCACUGAUGCUAAUGUCCGAAGAGAACUGGCAGGCCGUGUCGGACUUCGCAGCGAAAGUAAUUACGGAGCUCCGAGCGGAGGAGAGACGUAGAUACAGCGAGGCAACAUAG